UUUCAUGUAAAGCAGAUGUCACAUACAUCACACGAUUAAUUUGAACGAAAUUGCCUUACAGACUUUGACGAUGGAGAAGUCCUUAGAUUCUCAUUUAGAUGACAUAAUGUCUGAACAUGGCGUUAUUGGAGUAUUAUGUAGCGAUCAACAAGGACUUGCUUUAUCAGCUAAAGGUACUGCAAAUCCCAUUCAUGCAGGACUCAUUUCCUCUUUGGCAGAAGAUGCAAAGAAAUUAGAUCCCAACACGACACCAGUCAUCUGUUUAGAGUCAGAUGCAUGUAAUCUUCUUGUGAGAUCAGAAGGAGAUGUCACAGUUGCCAUUCAUAAAGUUCCUUCAUAAACAAAGAAGAAUUUGAAUUUGGAGUUUUCUUUCCCAAAAAGAUUAUUGGUAACUGCAUUUUUAAUUGAUUGUAAAGAAAAAAUAAUUUAUUUUUGAA